AUGUUUACAAAUGAACUCAUGGGUCGACAAGGACCGGAAGGCUCCAUACAAACAGGUGCCUUCAGAGGAUGGCGCACCGCAGACGGUUCAAAAGUUCUUCGUAGAAAUCUUGGCCCAGCAGGUACUCUUUUGCAAAUAUCUGAUAUCGAUGCUGCCAUGGCGACCACCGAUUUUCGACAAGUUCUCGUUUACACAGCUCCUAGUCCGGACACCUUGAUCACCUUGACUCCCGUUGAUCUUCGAACUGGUCGAGCGGGCGCCAGUAAUUCUUCCAUUUGUCCCGAUCGCGUGCCAGAGUAG